AUGGCUAACGCUAGCAAGAAAAUCCUUGUACUUGGAAGUGGCAUGGUGGCACCACCAUGCCUGGAAUAUCUGUCUCGCAACCCGAUCAACAACCUUACUGUUGCAUGUCGAACGCUAGAAUCGGCUCAGAAGCUCGCUGCUGACUUUCCUCGUACUACUGCCAUCGCUCUGGAUGUUGCCUCUGAAGCGGCUCUCGAAGAGCAAGUAGCGGCACAUGACGUGGUCAUCUCACUCAUCCCUUACAUACACCAUUCAACAGUCAUCAAGGCCGCCCUCAAGGGUAGCACACAAGUCGUUACGACAAGUUACAUCUCAGAUGCCAUACGGAAACUUGACGAAGACGCCAAGAAGGCCGGCAUCACUGUCUUGAAUGAAGUUGGCGUAGACCCCGGCGUAGACCACCUCUAUGCUAUUAAGAAGAUCGACGAUGUUCACGAAAAGGGCGGUAAAGUUCUCGAAUUCUAUUUAUACUGUGGCGGGCUUCCCGACCCAGAAUGCGUCGACAAUCCCCUUGGCUUCAAGUUCUCGUGGUCUCCGCGAGGUGCGCUUCUUUCGCAGUGCAAUUCUGCACGAUUCCUUAGGGACAACAAAGUGCAGGAGAUCUCUUCCGAGAACCUCAUGAUGUCGGCAACAUCUUACUACGUCAUGGACGGCUAUGACUUCGUGGCUUAUCCUAACCGCGACUCAGUGCCAUCCCGAGACUUCUAUGGUAUUCCGGAAGCUCAUACAGUCAUCCGCGGUUCGCUCCGAUACAAAGGAAACCCAGCCUUCGUGCAAGCGUUGGCUAAUCUGGGUUGGCUUGACCGGGACAAGAAGGAUUGGCUGAAGGACGGCAUGACGUGGGCGGAGAUGCAGCAAACUGGGAUUGCUGCAUCUGGCACGGACGCAAACUCUCUCAUCUCCCGCAUCAAGCAAGUUGCGCGCUUCGCCGACGAGGCUGAAGGAGAGCGCAUCAUUGACGGAAUGAAGUGGAUAGGCAUUCUUUCCACGGAGAGCGCCACCAUCAUCGGAGGAAACCUCCUUGACACCCUUUGCAGAAGGCUGGAGAAGCUCAUGAGCUAUGGUCCGGGUGAACGCGACAUGGUCAUGCUCCCAGAGUUGCUAUCAGUCAGUUCAGUCAGUCCGGAGCUCUCUGGACUGACUGAAUUGACGUCCUGA